AUGAGAACUAACCAGACGUGGAUCUCAGAGGUCAACCUGUUGGGAUUCCAGGUGGACCCAGAAUUGGAAUAUUUCCUCUUUGGGCUUUUCUCCCUGUUCUACGCUUUCACCCUUAUGGGGAAUGGGGCUAUCCUGGGGCUCAUCUGCCUGGACCCCAAACUGCACACCCCCAUGUACUUCUUCCUCUCCCACCUCUAUGUUGUUGACAUGUCCUAUGCCUCCAACAAUGUCCCCAAGAUGCUAGCAAACCUUCUGAGUAUGAAGAGAAUCAUCUUGUUUGCCCCAUGCAUAAUGCAGACAUUUUUGUAUCUGGCGUUUGCGCACACUGAGUGCCUGGUUUUGGUGGUGAUGUCCUAUGACAGAUACGUGGCCAUCUGCCACCCCCUCCAUUAUACUGUCAUCAUGAACUGGAGGGUCUGCACCACCCUGGCUGUUACUGCCUGGAUAUUUAGUUUCCUCCUGGCUCUGGUCCACAUUGUUCUCAUCCUGAGGCUGCCCUUCUGUGGGCCUCACGAGAUCAACCACUUCUUCUGUGAAAUCCUGUCUGUCCUCAAGCUGGCCUGUGCUGACACCCGGCUCAACCAAGUGGUCAUCUUUGCAGCCUGUGUGUUUAUCUUAGUAGGACCCCUCUGCCUGGUACUGGUCUCCUACACCCGCAUCCUCAUCACCAUCCUGAAGAUCCAGUCCGGGGAGGGACGCAAAAAGGCCUUCUCCACCUGCUCCUCCCACCUCUGUGUGGUCGGGCUCUUCUUUGGCAGUGCCAUUGUCAUGUACAUGGCCCCCAAAUCCAGCCACCCCGAGGAGCAGCAGAAGAUCCUCUCCCUGUUCUACAGCCUUUUCAACCCCAUGCUGAACCCCCUGAUCUACAGUCUGAGGAACACAGAGGUGAAGGGCGCUCUGCGGAGAGUGCUGUGCAAGGAAAGACCAACGUGA